GCACGAUUCAUACCAAUAAUGACUACCGAACCAUCAUUGCUGACGAAACAGCCCGCAGAACAUAUCUGUUCACACGGUCAGCAUCGACAAUAUUAUACAUGACAGGGUUAAAGUAAGUUGUACAUAUAUAUAUAUCAAUAUCGGCUCUUUAGGGAUUCAGAUCAUGGCAAUGUCGGUACCGCGCCGAGCAGAAUCGAACAGACGCUUUCUAUGCAAUCCGGAAUGGUCGGACACGCAGAAACAGCUUGAAACCAAUUACAGUGGUGCAGACUUCGUGUUUUCGAAUUUGGCUUUUAAGAAUAACCUAAAAGCCGUCGGAAGAGCAAUGAAAUCGAAGAAGAAGAAUUCAGCGCGGAGCAUGUCUGUAGGCACUGUGGAUAGGGAGACUCCUGAUGACAAGAGAUUCAAGAAGUACGCAUGAAAGCGCAAUCAAAGCUACAAUUCGGACGGCACGAUGUGGAAAGAUAUGUGGUUUCAUCAUGAUGAUCUCAUUCGCCAUGUACUUCCCACGAUUAAACAAAAUUUUACGAGGCUGUGUUACAGGUAGCUAUGAUGUGCUUAGCACAGACAAUGAAUAUCUCUCCGAUGCUGUCACCAAGAAUAACAAAUAAGCUCGAGAAUGGUACAAGAAGCAACGCAGCGCUACGUUGACUACAUAGAGGAAAUCAUCAAAUAGGCUCACAAGCAUGAAGGUCGUGUUCAAGAACCCGUUAUACUACACUAAGGAGCGCAACAUCUAUAAGUUCGAUGCGUAACUAGUGGAGAGUUUAUUCAAUUGGCACCCUUGGUAUACCGACUUCUAUGACGGCAUAAUUGAACAGGAUGAGAAGCCGCUGUGGAUUUUCCGAUACGAGGGUGUGAACGCGGUCUCGAAUAACUGUUGAAGAAGCGCAUGCGAGACCGCAAUGUAGAUGUGGUGGAAGGAAUUCCGGGCCUGAGGCAGGUGACUCUAUUAUGGAUCAAUACAUAUGUCUACAUCAGAUUCUGAAGCAAGGGUGAAGUCCAAGAUAGCCAUUACCAAUAUGAUUAGCAUAUGUUUUUGGGACUAGCACACGCAUACGAAAAACAAUUGUCUGUCGAAAUUCACCAGGAAGAGUACAGCACAGCUCAAUGCAUUAAAAUUCGAUACUUGUCUACCA